AUGCCUCCAGCGACGCCCCGUCUGCGCAUCCUGUCCGUGGGCGGCAAUGCGGUUUCUGCCUUUCUUUCCUGGCGACUGUCGGCGACUAAUGCCUGCGACGUGACGCUUGUCUGGAAGAGCGGCUACGAUUCUGUCCAUCAAUAUGGCAUUUCCUUUAGAUCGAGCAAGUUUGGUAACGAACGCUUCAAACCGAGACAUGUCGUCCGAACCCCUGAAGAGGCGGCGAGCUCAUCGAGAGCCUCCUUCGACUACGUCGUCCUCUGCGUCAAGGCGCUACCAGAUGUCUACGACCUCGCGUCAGUCAUUGAGUCGGUCGUUUCACCGCAGCACACCUGCAUCCUCGUUAAUACCACCCACAAUCUCGGCAUCGAAUCGUACCUCGAGCAGCGCUUUCCAACCAACGUCGUGCUCUCGUUGGUGUCAGGAGCAGAGAUUGCACAGUUAGGUCCAAGCGAGUUUGAGCACAAAGGCGGUACGGACCUGUGGGUAGGAGCGGCGAACAAGAAUCCAUCUAUACCGGCAUCGAUACAAACGGACAUGGCAGAGGCAUUGUCCAUGACGCUGAAGUCUGGACAAGUGGAAUGCGAGGUAUCGCCAAACAUCCGGCAGCAGCAGUACGAGCGGAUGAUUGGACCCAUCGCUUUUCAUCCAGCCUCUGUGGUCUUCGAGACUCCAUCUCACGCCGAGCUCCUCGAGAAGACUGGCGUUCGACCACUCAUUCAAGGCGUUAUCGACGAACUUCUGACGACUGCAAAAGCUCAGGGGUGCCAGUUCAAGCCAGGCUUCAGAGAACAAAUCAUGGAGCAGAUGAUCGUACCCGCCGAGACGAACAGCAUCAUGUACCAAGAUUUCCAGGCCAGGAGACCGAUGGAAGUGGAGACAUUCCUUGGAUCACCCAUCAAGCUCGCUCAAGAAGUGGACGUUGCCGUGCCACGGAUCGAGACGCUUUAUGCGUUGUUACACAACGCAAACACCAUCAACCAGACGAGGGCUGCGCAGCCAAACCCGCCUUCGCCAGUGCUGGCGCAACAACCUCCACCGCAGCCGCAGCCACGAAUGUCAUCGAUGGGAGGAGGCCCGCCACCUCCGAGAGGACCUGGUUAUGGAGGUCCCGGUCGCCCGCCGAUGAUGAACGGCAGGGGUCCAGGAAGCAGAGCGCCCUCGCAAGCCGGUGGACCACCACCACCGAGAAGGGGUCCGCCAUCCAUGAAUGGCUACCCUCCACCACGAGGCAUGAAUGGGAUGAACGGCAACGGCUACGGCCCGCGAGGAACGCCGCAACACAUGCCUCGCCGUGGAUCUCUUGAAGGCAACGAAUUGGAGGAGUUCAGCCAUGUGAUGCUGUAUGAAAAUAUGCAAGAUGGCGGAGCUGGCGGCGGCGAGGUUGGAUACGACAUGGCCAAUGGCUCGCACCCGGACCUUGCCAUGAGGGAACGCGAGCUUGCUUUGCGACAGAAGGAGCUGGCUCUGCGCGAGCGGGAGUACAACAUGCGCCGAGGAGGCGGUGGCCGUGGACCACCACCACCACCACCCAACGCCUACGAUGACGAUGAUGAGGACGGAGAAGACUACUUCGACCCAAUGGGUGGUCCUGGUGUGGCGCCAGUGGACGAGAACUUCGACAUGAUGAGCGUCACCUCUCGCCGGACCCGCAAAGCCCCUAGUGCGAGUCAGCUGCGCAACAACCCCGAAAUGGGUGGCCCACCACCCAUGCGCGGCGGCCGCAACCCUUACGCCAGAAGACCUCCUAUGAAGACCAACAGAACAAGCGCCACAAUCAUGAACGAGAUGCCCAACCUUCGCGAGCAGCUGAUGAACAACCCACUCAUGGGCUACAGUUCUGACCGCUACGGCAACGUCGACAGGCACAACAUGGGGCAGGAGUCAAGGACGAACUCGCUGACGGCUGAGCGCCUUUCUGAGCUACAGAAUGGUCCCGGCGGGCCUGGGCCGAACGGCUUUGGCGGACCCAGAGGCCCAUACCCUGGUCCAAUGGACAGGAGAGGCAGCCAGUCGCCUGGCAAUCCUCUCAGUCCUGGGCAGAGACCCAACCUCCGCCCUUCACCUCCCAACGGCUAUAAUAAUGGGAGACCGAGCCCGCCAGGCAUGCGGCAACCGAUUCCAAGACACCCACCCGGGCACGGAAACGCGGUGGCGCCGCAUCAAAUAGAGCAACAAACUGGGGUGAGCAAUCUGUACCCGCCCAAAGCCCUUUCGGGGCCACAAGUACGCAGUCUGACCGGUUCUGCGAGCGCUAGCGCGGGGAGUGGUGAAAGCGGCCGCUCAGCCCCCAUAGACUCUGAACCCUCUGCCCACAGCUCUUCCAGCAGCCUGGGCCCACGACCUCCGAUCGGCGUCCGCUAA